AUGGGUGGCUUGACAAGUCUUCUCCUGUUGCUGUGCGUCGGUGUCACACUGAGUUCAGUGUUGGAUCUGCAGAAGAGGAUCAUUGGAGGUGGUAACUGUCUGGAUAAUCAGCGCAUGUACCAUGUGAAACUUAUUAAUGAGGUGGAUCUAUUAGAAUGUGGCGGCUCUCUGCUCAAGAACAACUGGAUUCUGACCGCAGCUCACUGCUGGAUGUGGGGUAUGAAAGCAGUUGUAGGUGUGCAUCCAGGUGCUCAACAAAAAACUGUGGUGAUCACAGUGCCGCCUGUGAUGCAUGGGGAUGACCAAAACAGGAUCCAUGACAUCAUGCUGCUGAAGCUACCACCCCUAGACAACCUUCCUAAGAUUACACCUGUAGAUCUUCCUGUAGAUUGUACGAAGAAACCCAAGCCAGGUGAUACAGUUCAGAUUGCAGGUUUUGGAGUCACCAAAACCAAAGGCACUAAUAACAAAAGAGAUCUAGACGGUGGGGAAGCCGAGAAACUCCAAUGUGCAGACAUCAAGCUUACCGACUGUACCAAACUCAAGACAAUCAUGAGCACUGAUGAGCUGACAUCAUAUAACCACUUCCUCUGUGGUGAAACUUCCAAAGUGGAUUUAUCUCAGGGGGACUCUGGAGGAGGAGUGAUGGUCGGGAACACGAUUUAUGGUGUUUUCUCUUUCAUGGGUGAUGCUGAAAAAGCACAUGCUGAAGAUGUUGGAUUUAUGGAUGUUUGUGAAUACAAGAAAUGGAUCGAAGCUACUGUUCCUAAAUAAAAAUAAAUAAAUAAAUAAAAAAAAUCCAGAUAAGGGAAUAUAUAAAGGGUUUUGAUAGUCUGUGAUAUGUCCUGUCAUUUAAAGGACAUUUCACUUUUAAUAAAAAUUGUUGAGCUGCUCCAAAUUUGCAAUUGAUACAUUUACAAUGGAUUGGUUUGCAUUAAAUGUUCAUCAUUUGCAGUGCCCUAUAUUAAAAACAAUAAAAGUGAUUCCACA